UACAAAAACACACAUCGCAUAUCUUCGGGCUGGUGCAGUCCUAACGGCUCGCAUUUUGUGCUGCUUAACGCGAAAGAUCGUGUUUUAAAUGUGCAUGUAAAUGUGCACGGAUCUUCUAGUUUCAUCUUUUUUUGUGUAUACGUGAAGAGUUAUUGCGUUUGGAUUAGUCUUUUUCUUCUUUUUUUCUCACCACCAAAAUAGAACUGGUAAAUUCCCAACAUCCCAUUAGAAAUUUAAAAGGCUCUCCAGUGCGUAAUUCCUACUCGCAAAUUUCGCAUUUCGAUUGCGUUUUCUACUCCAACAUGAGAUACAGUGACGUAAUUUCAACAUGGCGGCGCACGUAGUGAAAAGUGAGCCCAAAGAUAUAACAGCGUGAUAAUCUCCAACAGAUGGAGACAAAAUCCAAUCCUCUUGAAGCACAGCUUUAGUUAACAUUUCAUACAGCACUGCAUCAUGAACUCAUUGGUGGACUAUGAUUGUGACAGUGAGGACAGUUUAGAAGCAGAAGAGACUAUUUCUGAGUCUCAAGAAACUAUACAAAGCUUUGCGUUACACCUAAAGAGGCCACGUGUCCAUGACCACGAGUUAAAAUCAGAUGAGUAUAAAACCCCAUCAGGUUCAGAGCAGCUAAAGACAGCAUGUCCUGCCUUGUCCCAAGCUUCUGCUUCUUUAAAAAGAUCUCAGCCCACUCCGGGUGGACUGAGACCGUACGUGUCAAAGAGACAGAGAAUGAUCACCAGUCAGCCCAAGUCAGCACCAGUGCUACAAACAGAAAACUCACCUGAACCUCCAACUACAAACCUGCGUCUUCUCUCAGAGGUCUCGGACAGAGUGCAGCCGUUCCUGGGCACAAAGGUGGUGCAAGGCAAGCUGCCAAAACGUGUCCAGCAUCAGCUUCAUGGUCAUCACGGCCCGGUUAACACGGUGCAGUGGUGCCCAGUGCCACAUCUUAGCCACCUGCUGCUCUCAGCCUCCAUGGACAAGACCUUUAAGGUUUGGGAUGGUGCAGGAAGUGGGCGGUGCCUUCAGACUUACUCCACCCACUGCGGGGCAGUUCGAAGUGCACAUUGGCUGCCAUGUGGACGACGCAUCCUUUGCGGUUCCUUUGACAACACGGCCUCUGUAACCGAUUUGGAGACGGGUCAGGUGGUUACCAGGGUGGACAACACAUUCAAGGUCAGCUGUCUUGCCUUUCAGCCCUCAGAUCCUGCUCUCUUUCUGUGUGGGGGAUUCAGUUCUGAUGUCAAGGCGUGGGAUUCGAGGACCUGCAAGAUGGUCAGAUUGUACAAGGCCGGAAUUCAGCAGACAUUAGACAUCCUAUUCCUGGGUGAAGGGAAAGAGUUUGUGACCAGCAGUGAUGUUGUCAGUCGAGACUCUGCAGAUCGCACACUUAUCGCCUGGGACUUUGGGACUACUGCCAAAAUCUCCAACCAGAUAUACCACGAGAGAUACACCUGUCCCAGUCUGGCCAUGCACCCUCAGGAGGACUCGUUUGUUGCUCAGACCAACGGGAAUUACAUCGCACUCUUCUCAGCGGAGAAGCCAUACCGGAUGAACAAGAGGAAGAGAUAUGAAGGGCACAAGGUGGAAGGUUAUGCCGUGCAGUGCCAGUGGUCUUCAGAUGGGACCAUACUCACGACAGGGAGUUCAACAGGCUCGGUGCAUUUCUACGAGUUUCAGAGUGCACGCUGCUUGCUCACACUCCAGGCUCAUCAGCAGGCUUGUGUAUGUGCAUCGUAUCAUCCUGUAAUACCUGCUGUGGUUGCCACAUGUGACUGGGGAGGGGAGAUCAAGAUAUGGAACCAACAACCUUAAGGGCUUCCCUUCUGCUGUAGAAAUGAUUGCCAAGAUGCUGUGUUUAUAGCAGAAAUUUCUAUAUUCUGAUCUAAUGUGAAAUUUUAAUUGUCAUAUAAAUGUUUUGUAAGAUAUGUAUAUUAGCAUGCACAGAUUUUUUACAGUGUAGUGUCUUAAUGGUAAAAGUAAAAAACGAAAAAUUCCUGCAAAGGCUCCAAAAAUGCACUGAUUUACAUUAUCUGAAAGGAAAAAAGUCAUAAUUCUCUGAAAUGUUUUAUUUUUUUUAAAAAGGCUUUCGAGUUUUUUUCUUUCUCAUAAUGAUAUUUAAAAAACUUAUAAAACUAUAUUAAAUAUGUACCAGUUAUUAAGACUAUAGAAAUCCUGGCAAAUGGUGCUUUAAAACAGUAAAUAUAUUAUAUUACAUAAAACCUUUAUUGAGUUGGAUUUGUGAACACUGUCAGAUAAACAUAUUGUCUACAUAGUAAAGAUGUCAUAUGUAAAUAUGUACAAUAUGUCUACAUGGUAAUAAUUUUUAUAUUUAAAACAAAAUUUGCUGUAAGGGUGUGGCGGUCAGUUUGGCCACUUUGGAGCUCAAUUAUGCUCUGGAUAAGACCGGAUAAAAUGGCAGUGUGUUCAUUUUUUUUUUUUUUACUAAUAAAGACCAAAAAAUACCACAAGAAAGACAUGAAAGAUUAAACACCAAUAAAAUGGUGUGUCCUGUUGAACCAUUUUGCAGGUUUAACAAGGAACCAUAGUCAAGCAUGUUGAAAGGGCUCUAUAUUAAUAGUACCAUGUGUAUUCCCCCCCCCUUUUUAUUUUUUAUUUUUUUAACUCAUUACCACAUUUAUAAAGUUUUUUUUUAAAGCAUACAUUUGUCUGAAAGAGUACAGAUGUGUUUGAUUCAUUGUCGAUAGCUAAUUAUAGAUAGUAAAGACAAUAGGUUUGGCAACUACAAUGUUUAUCAUCAUAAUGUCCUUUAAAUCAGGUGCAUCUACACUUGCAUUAUCCCCACUCAGAAUUUGUGCACUUGCAAGAUAAAAACUGAGCAUUAAACCAAGGUUAGAUUGUAA